CAGAUCUCGAACCUGAUGACUGCGGAUCUUUGUGCAUUUUCAGCGUCGACCACUCUUCAUCCGUAAAUCAUCCUAUUUGUAUCCCGUGUCAUGGAUUUCAAACACACCCUUCUCCUUUGUCUUCGCCUGCUAAAUUGCAGGGUCACAAAAGCUACGAAGGAACCUGUGAAAUACCCGAUUCUAAGUACAGUCCACUUGGUGGGCCUAAGCCUUUUGAAUGUCCUAGUAUUCAGAUUACAUCCAUCUCUCCAAACUGUCAUCAUGGAAUAGAAGCCAGCGAGAAUGAAUUGCACACCAACGGCACUCAAAAUGAAUAUCUGGAAAGGCCUUCAAGGGACCACUUGUACCUUCCUCUUGAGCCAUCUUACCGAGACUCAUCCCUUAGCCCAAGUCCUGCCAGCAGCAUUUCCUCUCGGAGCUGGUUCUCAGAUGCUUCCUCUUGUGAGUCAGUCUCUCAUAUUUACGAUGACGUGGAUUCGGAACUGAAUGAAGCUGCCGCUCGCUUUACCCUUGGGUCCCCUUUGGCAUCUCCUGGAGGUUCUCCAAGAGGCUGCCCAGUUGACGACCCUUGGCAACAACCGUAUGGGUUCGGGCAUGCCUUGUCACCGAGACAAUCCCCUUGUCACUCUCCUAGGACUAGCAUCACGGACGAGAAUUGGCUUAGCCCAAGACCAACCUCCAGGCCCUCAUCCAGGCCUACAUCGCCCUGUGGGAAGCGCCGACAUUCGAGUGCUGAAAUCUGUUACCUCGGCUCCCUUUCUCCUCAUCAUUCUCCCUCUCCAUCACCCGGACAUUCUCCUAGGGGGAGUAUCACGGAAGACACCUGGUUGAAUUCUUCCCUCCAUGGUCUCGGUCCCGGCCUUGCGUCUUUCCAGUGUUGCGGAGAUACUGACAUACCUCUUAAGACCAGGAAGACCUCCGAGGAUCAGACUACAAUUAUUGCUGGGACAGCCGAGCUUUGUUCUGACGACCCGGGCAAUUUAUCUCCAUCCCUUGAAACGGCGAUAGACGAUAGCUCCGUAUCCCAUCAUAUGUUAAAAAAAGAUUUGCCUGGUGACCAAUUCCUUUCUGUCCCUUCACAUUUUACCUGGAAUAAACCAAAGCCGGGCCAUACUCCUAUAUUUCGGUAA